AUGACCCGGCUGCUGCUCUUGUUUGGCCAAGGCGUGAAGGCCAUGCAGGCUGUCGAGUUCUUCUACGGGCUGGUCACCGCCACCGAGGUGGCCUACUAUGCCUACAUAUACAGCGUGGUCAGCCCAGAACACUACCAGAGAACUCAGUUUCCCACAAGCAGCUACUGUCGGAGUGUGACGCUGGUGGCCUACACAGCGGCCUCCGUGCUGGCCCAGGUGCUAGUUUCCCUGGCUGACGUGUCAUACUUCUACCUGAAUGUCAUAUCCUUGGCCUCUGUCACGAUGGCCUUCCUUUGCUCACUUUUCCUGCCCAUGCCCAAGAAGAGUAUGUUCUUUCAUGCAAAACCCAGCAAAGAAGCGCAGACCUCCCCAAGCACAGAGGCAGUGGUCGGUGGAUCUCAGGAGGCUGGUGCACCAGGCUGCACAGAGAAGAAACCCACGUCGGAAAUACUCACCGUUUCAGGGAGUCUGGAUGCUGGACAGUUGAGCAGCCCUCGUCCAAGCAAUGUGAUUGUGAGAGUGUUUGUGCAGUGGUUCCAAGACCUGAGGGAGUGCUACUCCUCAGAGCGCCUUUUUUACUGGUCCCUGUGGUGGGCUUUUUCCACAGCUGGGUUUAACCAGGUUUUGAACUAUGUUCAAGUCCUGUGGGAUUACAAGGCACUGUCCCAGAAUUCCUCUGUCUAUAGGGCCGUGGUGGCCUUUGCAGCGGGUUAUGUGAAAGGCAACUGGGAUCUCCUGGGAAAGUUGGUUUUGGCCAUCUUCUCCGUGGUCAACACGGGAGCCUUACUGCUCAUGCAUUACAUGGACAGCAUCUGUGCCUGCUAUGCUGGCUACUUGGUCUUCAAAUUUCGGACUGCAGUUAACCUGAGCGUGGAACGCUAUGCGCUGGUGUUUGGAAUCAACACCUUCUUGGCCCUGGUGAUCCAGACCAUCCUAACUGUGAUUGUUGUGGACCAGUGA